CGUAGUGUCAAGCAAGAUAAAUGGUAAGUUAAUUGAAGCGUGUGCCAUUUAAAACUCAUCGCUAAUGCUUCAUAUUUAUGUUUAAUUUUGUAGGAGGGUAAUUUUUAGUUUGUUUUCAACAUUAAAUGGCUUUCCGUAAUGUCUGCGCGUACAGUACGUUGACAGCACUAGCUAUGGUUAUUAGACUAAGAUGGCAGUUAGGUUUUAUAUUAGAAAUGCGUAGCUGGAGGGAAGCAGUGUAAGUAAUGCCUUGUCAGUGGAGGGGGUCAACAUCUGUUGUAUGUUUAGGGGUCUGUCGCCGACUGGUGGUCACUGACUGGAAGUGCAAGUGAGAGAGGAGAGGAGAGGAGAGGAGGGAAGAAGAAAGGGGGCGCUUCCAGCAUGUCGCCUCCUGUUGCUGCCCCUCACUGUGGGGGCUGCUGUCGACCUUUCAGCCUGCUCACAUGAGCACAGGCAGCCUCUGCUUCUUACGCCGUGACUCGCCAUGAGUUGGCCGGAGGGUGGUGGCACUGGAGCGGCCUGACCUCUGCUUUGAAUGUGGACGGGGAAAACCAAAGUGGGAGGGUUUUAUGAUUUUUUUCCACGCUGUUCAGCAACUUAUUACAGGAGGUGGUAGUCGUAUAGUAAAUGGUGGUAGUUUGUUCCGUGACGGGGGCUGUCCAAGUGGGAUACAAGUGUCAAGACAGGGCGCAACAGAUGUUUUUGUAACGGAUAUGCGGGCGGUGGAGGAAUGAGAGCAGCAGCGAGGCACCGGCGGCCCUUCCAGCGGUUCUGCUGCUGCGGAGUCGGACUGCUCGCCGUCUUAUGGCUAGUUCAGGUCAUCUACGCACCAGGGACUUCUGGGUCUCGGCCUAGCGUGGAUGGCGGCAUGCUGCGAUGGACGCGUACGCUCAUGCAAAUAUCUGACAACCAGAGUGUGGAUCAACAGCGAGCAGCUAUCCAUGAGUUUCCAGAGGACAUCUUCACCAAGGAGGAGAGGAAGAAUGGAGCAGUUUUACUGCAUGUACUCUGUGCCAUCUACAUGUUCUACGCUCUGGCCAUCGUCUGUGAUGACUACUUCGUCCCUUCCCUUGAGAAAAUAUGUGAGAAUCUACACCUGAGUGAGGAUGUUGCCGGGGCAACCUUCAUGGCAGCGGGAAGCUCUGCUCCAGAGCUCUUCACCUCUCUGAUUGGUGUCUUCAUCACUAAAGGGGAUGUGGGUGUGGGCACGAUCGUGGGCUCGGCCGUCUUCAACAUCCUGGUCAUCAUCGGCCUGUGCGGCAUCUUCGCAGGGCAGACCGUGACGCUGACAUGGUGGUCCUUAUUUCGAGACUCCUCCUACUACAUCCUGUCCGUGCUGACCCUCAUCAUGGUUAUUUAUGACGCUGUGGUCGUUUGGUGGGAAUCUCUCCUCCUCAUGACCAUGUAUGCCGUCUACAUUAUCAUCAUGAAGUUCAAUGCUCAGAUUAUGAUCGUCGUGACUCGUCAGUUCCGGAGCGCUGGGCCGUGUUGCUUUGUGUCCGAGAACGGCAGAGACGACAAGAUGGCAGAAGAUCCCUCAGCCUGCCACACCUCUUUGGUGCUCCUCAACAAAGCUCAAGCUCACAAUCAGGAGACGGCUCCCGUCAUCAUGGUAGACGAACUUCUCAUCCUCAGCCCCCACAAACUCUCCUUCUCUGAGGCCGGCCUGCGCAUCAUGAUCACCCCCCACUUCUCACCUCGCACCAGGCUGUCCAUGGCGGGACGCAUGCUCAUCAGCGAGAGGCAGAGGCUGAUCCGGACUUCCAAGAACCCACGGGGAAGUGGGUCUGCUGUUGGAUCCAGGGGGGGCUCUACAACCAACAGUCUGAAGCGGACGGGUUCCUGUAGCUUGGAAAAUGGAGGCAGGGCAGGAGACACAGAAUCCGGAGACAAGCCAGGGUUGGAGCAAGACGACGAGGGGAUAUUCCACCCCUUGCGCAUCCCAGCUGGCUGCUCUGCACGGGUCAAGUGGGUCAUCACGUGGCCUCUGGGCCUCCUGCUCUACUGUACUGUCCCCAACUGUGUUCUACCACGCUGGCACCGCUGGUUCAUGGUCACCUUUGUGGCCUCCACACUGUGGAUUGCUGUCUUCUCCUACCUCAUGGUGUGGAUGGUCACCAUUGUGAGCUUCACCUUAGACAUCCCAGACUACAUCAUGGGCAUCACCUUCCUGGCUGCAGGGACCAGCGUCCCUGACUGCAUGGCCAGCCUUAUAGUUGCCCGACAAGGCAUGGGGGACAUGGCUGUGUCCAACUCCAUAGGCAGCAAUAUCUUUGACAUCCUGCUGGGUUUGGGUUUCCCCUGGGCUUUACGCACACUUGUGGUGGAUCAUGGAUCAGCAGUGUCCAUCAAUAACAAAGGACUGGUGUAUUCGGUCAUCCUGCUGCUGGCCUCCGUGUUCCUCACAGUGACAAGCGUUCAUCUAAACCGUUGGAGGCUGGAUCGCCGCCUGGGACUUGGCCUGUUGUUCCUCUACUCCAUCUUCCUGCUGUGCUCCAUCCUCUUUGGCCAGAUGUGAGCCCCCCCCCCCCCAAGGUGAAACCUUACCUUUUCUACCUACAGCUGCUCCUCUUUGCUGAAGCCAAAAAAGAGCGACAUGGCCUUUGCUUUCUUAGCCUAGCAUAGGUUCUCCCACAGUGAUGCACUUUGUUAGUUUGGUUCUUACAGUAUUGGAUGACAACGUAUGACAUGAAGAAGGACUAAUCUACUUCUGAAUGUUGUACAUGUUCACGCUGGAUAAUUUAUUUAACAAACAAAAAAAACACUAGUUAUUGGUUUCAAUGUUGUUCCUAAUGGUACUUUAUUCUGCUGUACCACAUUUAGAAUAUUAGCCUCGUCUAUGUUUGAGUGUAAUAUUUACAGUUCCAAAUGUAGCAGUUACAGAAUGACAGCCUCCAAGCCGUCUGAGGUUCUGAUGUCCUACAGUACUAGGACACCUUCAACAUGUCAACUUUUUUAGCCUAGAAACAUUGAUAAUGAAAUGCAUGAUUAGCCUCACUACUCGUAUUUGUACAGCUCCGUGUACGUUAAGAGAUUCACCUAAUCCUUUAGAGGAAUUAGAAUGAUACAAUUAUUUAGAUUCACUUUCAUUUCCACACUUUGGUGGAACAUUUGAAUGAAGCACAAACCUUCACUGGUAUUGGUUAUACUUGUGAGCAGUAAUGCCACAUAGUGCUGCUCCUUUUAUGAUACAAAAAUAACUACAAAAUGCUCCAUAGCAGAUAUUUUUCUAUGAGAAAAAUAGGAUGCCAGAUUUUGGUACCGAUAUGAAAUGUUCCACCAAAGACAGAGUGGCUGUAUAAUUACUACUCGUCUGCUUGGACCAGACUUUCUACUUUUUGUAAAUGUUCAAUGAUUGAUUAUAGAUUUACAACACUGAAGCGCUGACUAAUUAGUUUUGUGGUGUUUUAAUAUUUAAACUACAUCAUGUGAAUAAUUGUUUUUGCAGACUUUUGGGCGUGUAGAGGUGUAUCUUUUGGAUGUUUUACACAUGUAAUGAUUUUGUGAAAGCUCUAGGAAACACGAUGCAGUCAAAUGAACCACUGCAGACUGUUUUAUUUUAACAGCCUCAUUUCUAUGUCCUGUGGUAAACAUGUUUAAUAUUAAAAUGUGACGCUUGGAUACAAUAUAGAAUUCACCUUAGGCAUCAAAUUAUAGACUGUUAUAUCUUGAGUGCAAUAAAUUUGUUGAGGAAUGCUUCUGAUUUUACCUUUUUUCUAUGGGGAAACAUCCAAUUAUGUCACUGCUGCCAUCUAGCGGAGAAAACCAGCAAAACACCUGCAACCAUACCGGGCGCUUCUCCUGAACACUCACCACUUGGUACAAAGGAUUCAAGUUCUAUUGUUGAAUGAACGUAAACCAGGUCAGCAAUAUAUGAGACACAUCUCUACAUUACAACGAAACUUAAACAAGGUCGUAUGGAUACCUAGAAGUAGCAGCUAUUGACAGUAUGUUGCCUUUUUUAGUAGGAUUUGUUUCAUUUUACUAACUACUACACAUUGGUAGAUGAACAACUACAAACCUUCCUGAAAGAUGUGCUAAUUCUGUAACAAACCAUAACAUAAUGUAGUGCUUAGUAUUUUAUUUGUAUUUUCCUACAAUUGAAACAUUCCAUCAGUCACCUACAGUGAUUUUUUUAAAAAUUGAAAAACACUCAUUAUACUUUGUCGGCAGCAACGUUCUCUCCCAAAGCUGGAGGCGAGGAGAAAAAAAAAAUUCCCCGCCACACAAGCCAAUUUUGCGAGAAGGUUAUCUGCUCUCUCAGUACCACUCAUAACUGUCAUGCUGCCUCUUCAUUAAUCACAUUCUGGGCAAAGCGGCUCCAGAUAACCCAGAAGCAUUUGUGAGCGUGUCCAAAUACAACAAGCCUUGUUCAAAUGCAUCUUUUAGAAGAUUGCUGGGAAAGAAAGAAGGGAGCACUGUCAGCAAACUGCUAGGACACGGCAAUGAAGAGCUCGAUGCCCUUAUGCAUACGGCUUAUACAUACAGAACGUGGACAAGCAGGUUGGGUUUACUAGCAGGAAGAAUCAGCAUGGAACAUGUCAGGAGUGUGCAUUGGAGGGCACUGUAUUUGUGUGUGUUUCAGUGUCAUG